AUGGCUGACCUACCUAAGGAUCGUGUAAAUGCAACAUCAACGUUCAUGGUUACUGGUCUGGACUUCUGCGGGCCAUUUUGCUACAAAACCGGAGUUCGAAGCAAGGUGCCUGUGAAAACGUACGUCUGCGUUUUCAUCUGUUUCGCGACGAAAGCGAUCCACCUGGAGCUUGUUCAGGAUCUUUCAACACCAGCGUUCUUAAGAGCAUUGAAGCGGUUUAUUCUCACCAGAGGCAAACCUGCCCGGAUAUGGUCAGAUAAUGCUACGAACUUCGUUGGAGCUAAAAACGAACUGGCGGAGCUGAAGAAUCUAUUCCUGUCUGGCCCACACAUUCGAGCUAUAGAGGAAUUCUGCCUAGAAGAUUCAAUAGAGUGGUGUUUUAUUCCUCCACGUUCGCCUCACUUUGGAGGCCUCUGGGAGGCUGCAGUAAAAACGGCCAAAUUUCAUUUUUAUCGUUCGGUUGGCCCAUCUCUAUUAUCAUUCGAUGAAUUGCGUACACUAGUUUGCCACAUUGCAGCAAUUAUCAACUCACGACCUUUACUACCUCUUUCAGAGAAUCCAGCAGACCUUGAGGUGCUAACUCCUGCUUACUUUCUUGGCACAGUUCCGCUGGUGUUGUACUCUGAGCCUGACGUCACAAAGCUAAAUUUCAGCCGUUUGGACCGCUGGCAGAGAAUUGCUUUUCAACAAAUCUUCUGGUCACGGUGGCGUGAGGAGUACCUGACCCUGUUGCAGCAACGGUCAAAGUGGCGCAUCCCCAAACCUGCGCUACAAGUCAACGAUGUCGUCCUGGUUCAAAACGAGAACUUGCCUCCUCUUAAAUGGCCAUUAGCCAGGGUCAUGGAAUUGGUGCCUGGAUCUGAUAGAGUUGCUCGUGUGGCAGUAAUACGAACAUCAACUGGAACCACUCGAAGAGCUCUCCGCAAGUUGUGCGUCCUGCCGAAGCAAGAUCUGGUUGAAAGCCCUGGUCUUCCAACGGGGGGAGAAUGUUCGGUCAUGCCGCAGCCUAAAUAA